AGUUCCACUAGUACAACUACCAGUAGAACUCAUUUAAUAAUUUGGGUAUCAAGAGAACAUGACGUAAGGUGCACAAAGUUGCGAAUUUACCAUUUCAAUUGUUUGUAAAUAAAUCCACACUAGCAUAAAUCCCUACACAGUUCGCAGAGCAGAACAUGUAUUCUGAUGUUUGAUUUAUUUCUACCGAAGAUUGGAAAUGAAUUCUGGUAAAUAUUUGAUGAUCUAACGUAGCUAAAUUACAUAUCUUAUAAUGCAAAGAAUAAGAUUAUUUUCUUCUCCUCUUGCCACCUCAUCAAAUAGGGCAAGGAGGUGGUGACAACUGUCCCAUUAUUUUGUUUUGUUGAGAAGGCAUUGAUUCACAUUUGAGCUUUUGGUUUCGUUGGAGAGUUUUGCUAUCCUUAAGUGUGUCCACGUCGAUAGGUAUUCAUUUAGCGGGGGCCACUUAGAUAAUAAAUAUAUCUGCUUUCGACGUUACUUUUGACCAAUGUAUUAUUUGAGUAUGCUUUGGACAUAAUGUUUGCCUUUUCAGAUUCUAGAUCUCCAAUCAUUAGGUUAAAAGCUAACAGUUCUGGCUCAGCGGAGUAAUGGAUAACCGAAGCACCCUACGGUGGAUACCUCAGUCACGCACUCUCUCCGCUCCUGUCCUUAUUUGAUCAAAACACAAAACUCUUUCGCCGGAGAUCAUCUCCUCCCUACUGCCGGCAAUCGGCAAGGACUCGCAAAAUCUCUCAAGAGCUUCAUCUUCGCCGCUCAUCUCCACGUUGACAACCACAUCACCGUUUUCUACUUCGACAAGGGGGAACCGAUCCCCUCCGACUUGCUUCUCCACCGGUUCAUCAACGGCGACGACUUCUCCAUCUUUUCAAUGGAUUUCUUCAAAUCAAAGUAAGGAUCUUCUGAUUCCAAGGAGAAAAGCACGAAGCCUUCUUCUUCCUGAUGAGCUUCUUCUUCCUGAUGAGCUUCUUCUUCGUCUCUCUUAGUAAGUUCUUCAGUAUAUAUUUUGAUUUUCAUCUACGUUCAAAGACGAGGCUUUGUGAUGAUUUAACUCUUCUAAUCAUAUUCUCUUUACACUUUAUCUUGGGUGGAUUUUCCAUGAAAUCAUCUGUGGUUAAAGAGGAGGAUGAGACACUGCGUGGAGGUGGCUAAGGGUCGUUGGCAUUUUUACUUUUACGUUUGUUAACGGUGGUGGAACCUCCAGAAGAUAAUGUUUUAGGGGUUUGUUGAUACGAUGAGAUGUAACUCUUUAUUCUAGAGCCUUUAAUCUGUUUUUCCAAUCAGUAUGAAGAAGGAGGCUGCAAAUCGUUAGAAAAGUAUAUCCUCUUUUCAAUCAUUUUUGCUCUUUGUUUGGCAAAUAACAUUUGGAUUAUGCAGAGGAUAUUUUAUAGAGGAACGCUGAGAAAAGUGUUGAGAUCAUCUCAGUUCAAAAACACUUGGCUUCCUCAGCAUACUAAGGUAGCAAAACAACCAGCUACCCUCAACGUAAUUUGCAUUUAGAUCCAUCAGUCACUGACACAUAAUAUAAUAGGAUGACUUCAUCAUGGACGUGUUUUUUUUUCUCUUUUUUUUUGGGUGUGUAGAUGUAAACAAAGAAGGUGUGAAUCAGAGGAUGAUUGUCUCCCUAUUCUAUAGAGGAAGACGAAUCCUAUCAAAAUGUAAGACAUUGAGAAAGAUGAUGUCAAAAGGGAGAGAAGACAGCGGAUAAUCUUUGGAAGGUUCCAUCUUUAUGUUAAUUCAAAUCCAGUAUUUCUAAUAUAGAUGAGCAGUCACAGAGGUGUCCAAAUCAACAUCAACUCUGUAAGUGAGGUAUUCUAAAUGGAUUCAUCGUAUGAGAUAGUAGGUAAAAAGAACACACAGUCCCUACUAAUUAAUACACCCACACACCUCCAUUUCUCUUUCAACUUCUGGUAUACAGGAAAAUCAUAUAAGCUAACUAUGUUGUGUAGAAAAAUAUGCUUCAGCGCUCAUCUUACUACUGCCAUAAAAUAUUUAUCCUUCUUAGUUUUCCAUUUUUUUCAACCUAUCUCUAAACUUUAUGAAAAAUAUUAUUUUUGGUAUUUAUUUGCUUGGAUUCCACUGACUAUGUGUAUUUUUUUUUCCCAGAUUCAGGUUAAAGUUAAGGGCAACAACAUGGUCAUGGUUUACGAGAUCUACACAUUUGCACCAUUUGGAGACUAUAAUGCUUCUGCUACUAAUGCUUAAUAUACAGGGCUACAAAAAGCUUUUCCUGUAUACCUGAGUGAUUCACCCGAUUUUGGUUCAUCUCAACCAGUCAAUCACGUUUCUUUUGUCAAUGGCUCUGGCCCUGGAGGUGGUUCAAAGAAGCCUGCUGAGAAAGGAUUUGCGACAAAAGGUGGCUGUAAUAGCUUCAGCAGCAGAGCAUGGAGACUAUCCCUGAGUUUCCAUUAGUGAGCAUGUUUUGAGGCUAUCCAUGAAUGUUAUCUAAAGGAUGGGAUCUUCCAUUCUGGUAGUAUUGCUGGUUCCUCAUAGAAGCAGCUUCAUCGUCAUCCUGAGGAAGGCGAUCAAACACAGCGUUCAUGAAAGAUGCAGCCAUCAGAAAAAACAUGACCAGAUGCUAUUAGCCCACCACCAACCUGUCGUUGAUGGUCAAACCAGUGAUCCCAAGCGGUGCUGGUGGGAGGCACAAUUGAUCGUAGCAAUGACAGGAUCUUGAAACGUCCAUGUUACGUCACUUUAGCUCCUGAUGAUGCUGGCUGCCUUAGUGUCACAUUGGUGACGCAACCAUUAGCAUUUAGUAUGCAGAGACUUCUCUGCUUCUUUCCAGAGAAAUCUGAUAUAGCUAGUCUCACAGGCAGAGAUGAUCACAACGGCAUGAACUCUGAGGAAACUUGGACUAUCGUGAGUCACAGUGAUUGGUGAUUUGGGUUUGUUCUUGGAGGCAUAUAGUCUACCUCUUUGCCUCUUAGUCAUAUCUCUUAUGAUGAAACCGAUUGUACCUCUUUGAGUAUUGCUUUCAUGUUGUUUUUAUUUUUAUUGCCUCUCUUUGCUGCUUCUUGGUUCCUCAUUGGAAAUGCUAACUUAGAUUCUACAGAGGUUGUAGUUAGAGUUGUACCUACAUUGAUAUCAAAAUGUUAGAACUCAACUGAGAUUUUGUGAGGAAUUUAUGGCUUUAAGUAAGAAGAUUAUGUGAAUUAUUAUACAUAGAAACACUAAAAGAAUGAUUGUGAAGAGUAGGAGAUGGUUGAGUUUUCAUCAAAACUUUUUUUUUCUUUUUUCUUUUUGGUCGAAAGUUUUCAUCAAAACUGUAAUUAAUAAUUAACAAAUCAUUUUGCCCAAAAAGGUAUUUGGCAGCCUACUUCUUUUAUGACAAUUGUCUUCUUUUGUAAAGACAUAGAUUAAUAUUUAAUAAUAAUGUUUUAAACAUGAAAUAACUGCCAAAAUUGAACUGUACACAGUUUUAUAUGGGCAUAUAAUAUGACUAUUUUGCAGGCGUGUUACAAAGUGUGUUCUUACCCUGCAACGAGAUUUCAGUUAAUAAUAGUAAUAUAUAUCUUCCAAGUGCAUGUUAGUAUUAUAUGCCCUGCAAAAUUUGUCUUUUUACGAUGAACGUAUAUGUACGGUUCAAUUUUUUAUAAAGAAUACUGAUUUUUAGGACUAAUUAAAUAAUGCCACAACUUCUGGUUCCUCAUUUGCAUAUGCAAAUAUAUAGAAAUUAAAGGAGAAUAUGCAUAACAAAAAGAUUUUGCAACUGCAAUCUUUUUCAAUAUUGUGCCAGAAAUUUAAAACCAAUCAAUAUUGUGCACACAUAUCAUUAAUCUAUUAAUAUAAAGAAAACCAUUCCCUCAUUCUCCUUCAACGACGUCACAUAAUAGUGUUACCAGAGGUCGACACGUGUCCAAAACACAAAUCGAUGAGUUUCAUAAAACUUUCAGUUACGUGGUUUUUAAUUUGAUCUGGGCCUUACAUUUGUUCAAUUCGGCGAGCCCAUCAAUGAGUUUCUCCAGUUGUAAACGCAGCUUUGACCUUCGUUUUCGUAUUAGGUUUAGCUUUCGUCUCAACACAGAACUAGAGUUCUUAGAGAGUUGAUUCAGCUUCUUGCUAACGCUCUAUACCAGUUACAAAAUCCCCAUCUUUAAAGUCAUUCUUAAAUAAUCACCCACUAUCUAUUUUGAAUGUGAUUUUCUUCCUGUGAGUCGGUGGAACUUCAAUUAUAAAAGGGUAAGCUUUCCUACUAUCACAACCAUCUUCUCAUUUUCUCUAAACAAGACAUUAAACUUAUAUCAAGAAAAUGGCUAACGCAUCAAUCUUCCUUUCUGUUCUGAAGACCGGACGAUGCUCCUCCACCGUUCAAGUCCGGUCCUCCGCUUCUCGGAAGCAAUGAACGUCCGACGCGGCGGCGAACUCAUGUGAGUCGACAUGUUGCUGCUUGAGGUUUAUUCUGUCCCUCUGCUGGAGUUCAUAACUAGAUUGGUUUUUUACAUUACCGGUUCACGUUCUACAGCAGAAGACACCAUUCCAAGAGAUGUCAAAAGUUCAUGCGGCGUCGACCAUCCAGAUAUGUAUUUUAUAUUUUUCGGUCAUGGGCUUACUGCAAGUACUCCUUUACACAACAGCAUCAUGAAUUGAGGAUUUAUACGAAAUUCUGCCCGGAAUAUGGAAGACCUUGACAGUACACCGAGGCUGAAAGCUAGCUUUAAUUUGUAGAAAGAACGCUGAGGUUAGAUUGGAUUAAAAGGAACAGCAAGUCAGCCAUCUUCACCAUCUUUCCAUCCGGUCUACAUCCUUACCGAUAAGAUCGCCCCAUCGCCCAUCCAUCUCAUCGACCCAGCUUCCCAGCCUGCAACAUUUGGUAUCAGAGCUUAAAGCUCCUAUAUCAGGUGAUAUCAAUCCAUAUUUAUCUCUGUUCUUGUUUCAUUCCUUGCUAGUUUUCACUUGUAAAACCAAAAAGCCAUAAAAAUUAAGUUUGAAUUUCUGCAUUUUGUUUUCUUGAGAAAAUAAAAUGAAAAAGAGAAAGAGUUUAGUUAGUUUGAUCCACGAAAUUCCUUUGACAUAUUAGUCUAGUUGUUUGCAUUCAUUUCCCCCAUCUCCCCUUUCCAUAUUGAAUUUUGCAUACCAUAAAAUCUGUUAUUUUGAAUUUUUCUCAUUUAUGUUGCAUCCUUAAAAUUAAAAAAAAAAAAUGAGAACCUCAUAUUUGUUUCAUACCCAUUUCGUGCAUGCCAUAUAGUAGUUAUAUUGUGCAUUUAAAUAAAAAAACCCAUUUAGUCUUAUUUGCAUUAGUUUUAUAGAAUUUUUUCCCUUUUCGGUUUUUUUGCAUUCCAAACCAAGAAACUUAAAAAAAAAAUUUGCAUUUGUCAUUUUUUAUUGCAUAUUUCAUAUCAGUCUGCCUUAGUUCAUGCAUAUCAUCUUUCAUUCAAAAUUUUUUUUUAUAAGAAUCAUAUUUCAAUUAUUUUCGAAUUUUACAUACCAUAUUUGCAUAUUUUGUUUCUGCACCUUCCAUUUUAAGAAAAGUCAAAAAAAAAAACAUUUCAUUGCAUUUGCUUCUUAUCAUUAUUGUUCAUAUUUGCUUGAAUAAUUUCAUCUCAUUAUAGUGUAUUUCGUGCAUAUCAUUGUGCAUUAAAAAAAAAUCCAUUUAGGUUUUUGUUUGCAUUCAUUUCAAAGAGCUGUUUCCAUUUUAGGUUGUUUGCAUUUCCUACAAAAAAAAAUCAGUGUUAUUUCUUGCUUCCAUAUUUAUCAUGACUUUUGUUUUAUUAUUACUCCAUAUUUUAUUUAUCACGAGCCUGCAUUCAAAAAAAAAAAUAUUCAACUUAGUUUAGUUCACUUGGUCCAUUAUUUGCAUAUUUAUUGGUUUUGCAUAAGUUUCAUUACUUAUUUUGUUCAUUUGCUCUAUCAGCUAUCUAAGCCACUAGUUUGAUAUAUUUAUCUUGCAAGGUACAUCAAUUCUAAGGCUAUGGAGUAUGAAGAAGAUGAUCUAAGUGAGAUCAAUACCUCAGAAAUAGAUUGGGGAGAAGAACCAGAUGACUUAAGUGAUGAUGGAGAAGACCAAGAACACCAGUCUUGUUAUGAAACUGAUUCUGAAAUCAGUUAUGGACGCCAUCAUGAGGAGGUUGGAGAUGAACCAGAGUCUCUUGAGCAAAGUUUCUCCAGGUCCAUUAGUAGAUGGAAUGAAGAAUACACACCAAUCAAAUACUCUUGGUCAAGACCAAGCAGUCCAUGGACAGAUUAUGGUGGGGAAAAGGAGGACGAGUUGUAUGAGGAUUACAACCUUAGAGAGCAGAGAAGGCAGUAGGCUAUGGACGUGCCCCAUAUAGUGUAUCAGCUCAACCUAAACCCACCAGCACAAAGAGAGCUCAACAAACACCAACCGGCCAAAAGAAGGGAGUAAGCAAAGAUUCUGCUUAUACAUCCAACACUCUAGUGUUUUCAGGUUCCAGCAAGAACCCUGAGGUGUAUUUGAGUUGGGAAAUUAACAUGGAGAAGUUUCUGCGGUCCAACAACAUUCCCAAAGAAAAGAAGCUAUCACAAGCUGUCCAAGCCUUCACGGGGAAUGCUUACAAAUGGUGGCUAAAGGAGAGCAGUCCUAGCAUCUACAACCAGCCCGUGGUAGAUUGGAGAGACCUUAAAGUCAGGAUGUAUAAAGAGUUUGCAGAGAAGUAUCAAGACAAAGUAGAUGCCACAUCAAAGUUCCAUUGUCAAGCAACGAGGAAAGUGAUGUCUACACCAAAACCGCAUACUGUUCCUAAACCAAAGAAGGCUCACGACCAUGAACCCAAGGAGAUAUCAUCUAGUGUACUUACACACCAAGCAGGGUUUAAGAGGUCGGCUCAAUUAAACAAGGUCCAGCCACAGCCAAUCACUACACCCUUACCUGAACUGCAAAAGUUACAAGAGAUGUGUCAAAGGCUCAAGGAGACUCUAGAACCCAAGGAGGAGAACACAUCAAACCAAGGUAAGUCUUCUGACCUUAUGAAACCCAAGAACCCAACUUGCUAUAGAUGCCAUAAACGUGGGCACUUUGCUGCUGUUUGUCCAUUUAAGAAAACCUUGAAAGAAACAUCACUAGGAGAGCAAACUGAAAUAUCAAAAAUAAGUGAUAGUUUAAUUCAAUCUGAUUUGUUGGUUUCCAAUGCUUGUAUAAUGCUCUUGUCUAUGUCAAAAGGUUUUUAUACAGGUACUAAGGGGCAUGAUGAGUCCAUUAAAGAAGAACCAACCAAAGGAAGUGAUAUUCUUGUUCCUUUAGAGCUUUCAAAUUCUGUAAUUAUGCACCUCUUGCCAAAAGAUUUUGAUCCAGGAAUGAGAAAAGUUGAUGGACGACCAGACAAUGAUGAGAAGUUUAAGGAGAACCAGGGACAGCACCUGACUUGUCCACAAAACGUUGAAGAAGUACAAGAAACAGCAAGAGUACACAAGCUGUCAAAGAGCAAAUCAUACUUCAACUUGCUGAAACAAUUUGGGUAAAUCUAAACUUUACUUUUCCUAUUUAUAAAUUUUCAAACCCUGAUAUAAUUCAAUUGUUUCCUGCCAAAAGUGUUGAAUUUGUUUCAGGAACAGAGACUAAAGAUCAUAUGUAUGAUCCACCCAAGGAGAGCACAAGGUGUUUAUAUGCCAAGAGAAAACAAGAAAUUGUCCACAGCCACACCUUGAUUCCAUACGACCCAGGAGAUCAAGCACCACCCAUCAGAGUGCCAGACCAAAACAGAGGAGUAGUGUUGUCGUUCCUACCCAAAGGAGAACCACCAGAUGUGCCAUCAAAGAUCAAACCGAUCAAAUACAAAGGUAAGCUAAGGUCCUAGAAUCUCAAAGGAAGAUGAAACCUGACUUGCUCUAUCUUGGUGCAGAUUAUCCAGUUUCGAGGUCAAAACUUUUUCAAGGGAGAGGGUAUGAUGCGGCCAUCAAAUCAGUACCUGAACCAAGAGCCAACCAGUUGCACCAAUCAGCUAAACAAGAGACUAACCAGGAUAUGUGUUCAGUAAAAACGGAGUGUCUUACCAACCAUGAAGAGUUUUGCCAUGAAACCAAUUUUCAUGCAUUAUACACUCAACAAGGAGUUAAGAAAAAUUGGAAGUAUCUUCAAAUCUACUCGGACCAGGAAGAUAUGAAUUUUACAAACAAGAUGUUCUCCAGCCCGUCCAUCUGCGAGAAUCCGAGUUUAGAAGUUAUUUCAAGUCCAACCAAGAAGCGUUAACCAAAGCAUGGACUUAAAUAUGGAUCUAUUAGCUUUCCAACAAGCCAAGAAUGAGGAGAACAUUCCACCUAAAUAUGGAGUUAUGGCCCAAUUCCCUAAACCAGUCAAACCAGUUCUGCAAUUGCCUAAUUUGGAGUCUCACCGGUUCAAUCUUAGUCAAACCAAAAAAUGGCGACCAGGAGAGGUUUCUAAGCAUCUGAGAAGUAUAUCCAGUGAUUCAGGAGUAGUUGAAGAGUUCUUACCAUGCACCAGAGUCCACAUGAUCAGGAGGUCUUAUUGUUUGGGAACUUUCCUAAAUUGGAUGCAUCCCCACUUUAGAGAAUAAGUGACCAACGACCAAGCCAUCAAAGCUGCAGCGUUUUGGAAGCAUUCCUUACUUGUCUAAGAGUCUUAAGAUGCACCAGCACUCACCAGAACACACGGAUUCAAGCAAGACCAGACUUGCCAUCUUUGGAGCUAUUUUUGGAAUUAUUGCCCAUCAAUUCCCAACAGCUCUUUUCAAGCCAAGACUACAAAGAUUUCGGCCAGGUCUUCAGCAUUCAAGAUGUUCCCAAGAAGAUUAACUACACCAUCAAACCGUCCAGAUACAAAACCAGAAUCAAAUCCCUUGAAGAAAGCUUUUGGAUCCAAGAUAUCUUCCAACGGCUAGUUUUAUCGGUUUUCCUUAUUUGUUUGCUUCUUUCUUUGUUUUAGUUUUCUAGCUAAGUUAAGGCAAGAACCUAUAUAAGCUCUGUCUAGUCUUCAUUGUAAGUCACCUUUCAAUCCUUAAGAAAUAAUAUUCAGUUUGUUUAUUUUUAUCAAAGAGAGUCUUUGAAUAGAAAUCUGUCUUUAGGAUAC